CCGGGUCCCAAACAAACCCAUCCGCGCGGAGAGAGAGAGGCGCUCUGAGUUCGAGGCUCCGGUAGCCCCCCCUCGGGAAAACAACGAACCGGAGCCAGAAAUGCCCCACCGCCCAGCUGCGGACCGCCUUAACGGGCUCAUGUGAUGCCUUUCAUAUGUUUAUAGUUUUUUUUUUAUUUUCGUUAAUCGAUAUCUGGCUGUUUUGGCGUUAGUUUGCGUGCUAAUAGGCUAGCCAUCGAUUGAUGGGUGUUGUGUGACCGCUGGUUUGUAGUGUUUGGUAUCCGGCCCAACAUACUGAUAUUAAGGCUCUUACUCGCGGCUUUGGUGCCUCGGUGUUUGUUCCUCCAGCGGAGACCGCGAAGAAGCUGGAGCAAAAUAAGAAGAAUGGGUGCGUUCUUAGACAAGCCAAAGAUGGAGAAGCACAAUGCUCACGGGGAGGGGAACGGCCUGCGCUAUGGACUCAGCAGCAUGCAGGGAUGGCGUGUGGAGAUGGAGGACGCACACACAGCUGUGAUGGGGCUGCCUUACGGCCUCGGCCUGUGGUCUUUCUUUGCCGUCUACGAUGGGCAUGCGGGCUCUCAGGUUGCUCGUUACUGCUGUGAGCAUCUGCUGGAGCACAUCACCAGCAACCCGGACUUCAGGGGAGGCUGCCCAGGGGGCGGGGACUCAAUUAACGCCGAGCCCUCCGUGGAGAGCGUGAAAUGCGGAAUCCGCACGGGCUUCCUGCAGAUCGACGAGCACAUGCGGGUCAUGUCCGAGCGCAAGCACGGGGCCGACCGCAGCGGUUCCACGGCGGUGGGUGUGAUGAUUUCCCCUCAUCAUUUUUAUUUCAUCAAUUGCGGCGACUCCAGAGCCUUGCUGAGCCGCAAGGGUCGCGUCCACUUCUUCACCCAGGACCACAAGCCCAGUAACCCCCUGGAAAAGGAGAGAAUCCAGAACGCGGGUGGUUCUGUAAUGAUCCAGAGGGUCAACGGCUCUCUCGCCGUCUCGCGUGCUCUCGGUGACUUCGACUAUAAGUGCGUGCAUGGGAAAGGCCCCACCGAGCAGCUGGUGUCCCCGGAGCCCGAAGUGUACGAGAUCGAACGCUCUGAGACUGAUGACGAAUUUGUGGUGCUGGCCUGCGAUGGCAUUUGGGAUGUCAUGGCCAACGAAGAACUGUGUGAUUUUGUGCGUUCCCGCUUGGAGGUGACGGAGGACCUGGAGAGAGUGUGUAAUGAGAUCGUGGACACAUGUUUGUACAAGGGUAGUCGAGACAACAUGAGUGUGGUGCUGGUAUGUUUUCCCGGUGCCCCAAAAGUCAACCCAGAAGCCGUGAAGCGAGAGGCGGAGUUAGAUAAGUACCUGCAGAACAGAGAGGGUGGAGCAUGUAAAAAGGCGAAUAAAUAAAAAAAAUAUGACAAUGACUAAGAGAGAGUUAUAGAACGUGAGCAUUCUUACUUAAUUAGGUGAGUUUCUUAGAUGGCAGUUCACACUUGCCAAUGAAGUAUACGUUACAGUUAACGUAAAGUUUCCAAUUAACGAAUCCCCAUAUUGGAGAGGAAAGACUCACUGGUACUGUAUUAGCACAGUUAGGACUAUUCAGGAUCAAUUUUAACCAGAGAGAAAUACAGUGUGAAUUUAUUUGAGCUUAUAUUGAUAAUUAGAGGCCUUUAUUUAUUGCCAAUAUUAAAAAGCACUUACACAAUUUAGAGGUAACCUUUAGCUUUACCAGAGGUUUUAUUGUAGUGUAUCCGAGAGUCCUACGCUCCAGCGCAAAUUACUUGGCGUAUUAUUAGCUACUAAGUGAUGGUGAGUAAGUGCAAUUGUAGAUUAGGAAAAAGGAACGAUGAAAACCCAACAUUUGGCUCUGCACUUUUUCAUUAAACGCUGCUAUACUUAAAGGCAUCUUCUAAUAAUAAGAGAGAGACCAAAUUUGAGAUCUCAGUUAGAAUAUAAUAUGUUUGUGUUCGAAGCAGAAUUAAUACAAAGUGUAGUUUUGCGUUCUGUUCGUGACGGUGCGUUCUUCAGAUAGUUGUAUUCAUCCACUUGUACAAGCAUGUGUUUAAGUCUGGCACCCGUUUCAUUUGCAUCUUUCUGAAAAGUCGUUCUAAAUGAGUGAAUGUCAGGCCUCCACUGCUGAUUACCUGAAAUUGUAGCUGACACUGCUGUACGUGGCCUGAUGGUGCAGUUUUGUGUCUACAGCAAUGGCCAUGAGCAUUUUAAUCUGCAUGAUUCCUGUUCUGUAAUGAGGAACAUUGUUGCCUUAGUCCUAAUUUACAGUGACUACCUUGAUUAGAAUCGAUAGGUUAGCACUUGGUGUCCGACCCCAACUGCUUGGAAGAGUAAAAUUAAAUCCAGUGGACACAUGGUACUGAAAGCAUGCACUGUACCGCUAGCACGAUAAGUUGUGUACACCUCCUGCAUGUACGCUACAUUAAGAAAAAAAAAAAACAGGGAUAGAUCUUAUUUAGAAUUAAGUUGGUCUGAUAGUUUUAUACUUUGUACAGUAUACAUUUGUAACCCACGAGGAACAGCUUCCGUGUGAACUGAACACAGUAUUGGAAAGAUCGCGUCGAUGUUUUACAAUCCUCUCUGAGUUGUUUACUACUUGUUGCCUCAAACUGACGCUUUGUCAAUCCUCUGGUUUGUCUGUGUAACUAUUAAUUCGUUUAGUUAGGAAAUCCUCGGUGCAUAGAGUGGGAUUCAGCCUACCUGCACGUUUUGGGAUGUAGAUGCUUGUUGGUACAAUGACUGAGCAUUUAUAGUACAGCGGUACACUGCUUUUGUGUCUGUAAAACCCAACAAGAUUUGGAGAUUCUGGAAGCUAAGUCUCAUUUAAUUGUGUAUUUGAACCCUUUAGACACCUCCAAAGGAAAAUUUACUUUCCCACCUUUCAUUUCAAACCCACGGAAACCCAUCCAUUAAAAACUUUGGAUCCCAUUAAUGUUGAAAAUAUUUAAAAUCGGCUAAUAUUUUAAUAUAUCGUCUUAUAAAUAAUAAUAAAAAAAACCCAUCAUUUUGAGGUUUGUAAUAAAUUGACACUUUUCAUUUUUGGGAGACAUUUUAAAUAAGGCACGAUGUAAUGCAAUCAGUCAGAAAACGGUUCCCACUGUUUCAGAAUGUGAAAGUCACCCAAUCACCCAAAAGUGAAAAUUACCCCAUGAUUUACUCGCCCUCGAGUUGUUUUACUCAAAUAAUCCAAAUAAUCAGCAAGUAAUCAAACAGUUGAAAUAAAGUAUCUGUCAAGAGUGUGUUAUUGUCCCCAUAAGGUGGGACAUUUAGUGUAAAUAGCCGCUGUCUAGUUAAAAUGUUUGGAUGAACUAUCUUUUUAAAUCUGGUCAAUUUUCGGUGUGGACAGGUCUACCAGUGCACCACAAGAAAAAAUAGUUUAGUGUCAGUUUAGUUGCGCCUUGUUACAGAAACUUAGUUUUGCCUGCAUUAGUAAAGCAUGGGGUUCUUUCUCUUUAGGUACAUUUUCCCUUACAACCAAAAGAUCCCACACGUUCUUCACGUCUUUGUAUUGCCAGGAGAAAUAUGUUAGCUUUAAGAUGUGUUUAACCGAAUGAAUAACAUAGUGUGCCUGCUCUAAGAGAGAACUCUUGAGAUUAAAAUGAUUGUAGGUCAUUCCUGUACCAUAUCAGUUUCGUUUCGCUUGGGUUUGUUGUUGUAUCUCCUCACUGUCUGACACGGCUCGAUAAUCCACUGUUUAUUAAAUUAGCCUUAAUUAUUUUCUUCCAUAAUAGCACAUCUGAGAUCUUGUACGCUUCGGUGAGACAUGUAACGUGUUUGUAGCCUGACAGGUUUUUCUGGGAGAGCCUUUAAUUGUGCCUACGAGUGAUUCUAUGGCCAGUUGUAGCAUUCAAAUGAACUUUCUAAGUCUUGUAAGGUGGUUUUGUUCGUUUUGUAACAUUAUUCUACUCGAGCGUCAUUUUAGCUUGUGCAUUCAGUAGCACAUUUGGCCCCUUACAGCAAGUGCCAUACGAGUGAUUUUAAACCAUUCACCUGAGAUUAUUGCUGCACAAAGCACAACCCAAACCCCUAAUGAGUCAAACGUGGGGUGGAAAUAUUGCCUUACAGAAAAAUAAAGCAGGCAUUAAAUGGGCCAUUUAAGUAUUGUAGGAGAUUUGCCUUGAUUUCGAACACUGUAGCACCAUCAAAUUGAGAUCUAAAGGGAAAGAAAAUGUCAACUGUAAGUCUGUCCUGUUCAUUGGAUUUCGAUCGAAGCAACCGACUGCUAAUAAAAAAGGCCUUUGUAACGCAUUGGAUAACUUCAAAAUGUAUCUUCUGGAGUGUUAAUCAAAAGGGCAAACGGAGCCCAUUUACUGUCAUUUACUUGCGCUGUGUUGUGCCGUUGGUCCCUGUGUGUCACUUCUGUCUUUACCUCUCAGGUCCAAACUGACAAGCAACAGAGGACACUAUUUAUUUGAAUUAUUUAUUGUCUUUAUGGUAUUUUACCUCUUUUGAAUGAAACUGUCCAUGCAUUCCAUUUUCUUUAGCCAAAUAAGCACUACUAAUGCAAUGAAAAGCUUCUAUUCUUUUCUUCUUGUAUUUAUUGUUAUACAUCCUCGUCACGAAUGGUCCAUGUGAACCGAAAGCUACGCGAGUUAAAACGCAUCAUGUCUUGGGUUCCUCUACACUAAGUAGUUUCUUCACAUGCUGUUCACGCUUGUUCACUAUUCUGUCAGAGUAGAUCGGUCCAAGGUUGACGAUAUGUAAGGGUUACAAUCUAUGAUCGGUCCUUUCUUAACCCAACAGACUGUUUGCGUCUGUGUUUGUUCAAUUUUACCUCUCAGAAGGUAACAGUUUUAUAAAGCUCAUUUUGGAAGAUUUUUCAACUACAAUUUCAUAGAAAAGUAUUUCAAUAUUAGAGGGUGAGCACCCAAUAUUUUCUUUCUUUAGUUUUUAUUUUUGUACAUUAGCACCCGGGUAUUAGCAAUGUAGACAAACUGUGAUCUUGUCAUUCUUGGCUGUCAAAUAUGAAUCAAAUAAAAUUAUUUACGGAAA